AUGGAUCCAACAAAUAAACUGAUGAUCGACCAGCCUAAAAUAUUUCUAGUAUUCUCUUCCAAGUAAGUUAGACUAAUAUAAUCCAAAAAGAUAAUAGCAGCCAUCAACGUUAAGCAUAGAGUCAUUAAAAUCUCACUCCAUAGAACAAUAAAAUUUAUGAUUCUGGCUUUGAAUGGUAAUUUUGUGGCUAGCAAUGUAACUGUUAUUAUUUAGGUUACCACUAAAAUAGUUAUAGAUAAGUUUUAUUAAUAAUCCAAUAAGAUGAUACAACUUGUAAACACUACCUUUUUCAAUUCCUAAAAUAGAUUGAAGUUUCGUUUAAAGAAUGCCUUCGUUUAUAAGCCAUUGAAUUAACUUAGCACUUAAGAACAGUUCAAUAAAUAACUAUGUUUAACAUAAAUCUUACAAGUAUUGAAAAAUAUAAUAUAUGAGAAUUACAUAACUUAUUAUAACAAAUGUUGUGUUAAUUAUUUAAAUUGCACUGGAUGUCUAAAUGUACUCAAUUUCUAAAAAUCCAUAUAAUAAAAACGGUAAUAAGCAGAUGGAUGUUGA